AUGAUGAAUAUUAUAUUAUCGUUUUUUAUAUUACUAAUUUCUGUAAAUGUUAAAGGUGCUACAUUUCAAGAUGAAAAUAAUAACAUUCCCAAACCAAUUGCAUAUGAGUCGGUAUCCCAACCAAAUGCAAUGCUUAUAUAUGAUAAUAAAGGCCAUAAUAAAUAUUUAAAUGCAAUUAAUGAUACUUUUUGUGAUCAAUCAAAAAAUACAAAAUAUGCAUAUGAAGGUGGAAAUUACCAUUUGGUUAUAACAGGGUUUGAUAUAUCCUUAGAUAACUCUAGUUAUGGUAUAGGACAUUAUUUUUCUAAAAAAAAACUUGAAGCAUUAAAAUUAGGAACAAAAUAUUUUAUAUCUUAUUUAAAGGAUAGAUUUCGAUAUUUAAUGUCACGAUAUAUGUAUAAAUAUGAUUUUGAAACAAAUUAUGCUACCGAUUUAACGAUCUUAGUUGAUGAUUUAAAAUCGUUGAUAUAUGAUAGGUUUAAUUACGAGUUAAAACAUAAUCAUAUAAAAAUCAAAAAAGAACCAGAAGAUGAAAAACUCAAAAAAAGAUCACGUGAUAUUUUUAAAAUCCUUGUGCAAUGUUCAGCUAUAAGGCUUCAAGGUUAUAUCAUUAAAACAAUAAAAGAUGAAGAUCAAAUUUAUUUAAGCAAAGAAUCUAGCCUUUAUUUUACUAUCGCUUUAAGUAACUAUCAAUCACGUGCUACUUACGAUUUUAAAUUUCCAGAAUAUGAAAUUGUUGAAGCAGAUGCUAAAUCUUUAAGAAAAUCAUAA